AUGAAUAAAUUAAAAAAUAAUGUGAUUAGAAGUAUUCCAAAUCUAAAUCAAGAAAUGAAAGUAGAUCAUAGUAAAAUAUUGAGUGCAAUCAAACCUAAUCAAAUCUAGGAAGCAAAAACUGUAAAAUAUAUAGAAUUGGAAUUGAAAAAGAAAAUUAAUUAAUCAAUACGAGAAAAUAUUACAAGUGUAAGUUCGGAGAGAUAAUAACCAAAAAAAAUAUAAAAAAUAGAUGGAAAAGUGGCAAACAUUGUUGAAUUGAUUAAAAAAGAUUUACUUCCAAUGUUAAAUAUUCAAAAUAAUAGAAUUGAGAAAUUAGAAAGAAGAAUUAAAUUAAAGAAUGAUUCAGAAGAUGAUUGUAAUAUAUUUUAGUUUUCUAUGAUUUCUGAUAAAAAAUCAAAUUCUAUUGUAGAAAAUGAAAUAUAGAAUUUAUCCGUUAGUGUUGAUGAAAUAAAUAAAAAUUUAUCUCGUCUGGAUAAUUUUGUUAAAUAUCAAUUCAUAAAACGUAAAUGUUAACCUUCAGAAGUAUAAGAUAACAAAGAUAAAAUUGUUAUUUCAUAAAUAUAAGACAAACUUAAAACAGAAUUUAUUUAAUAAUAAAUUGAAACUUAACAAACAACUCAAUAAAUAUAAUAAUAUAUCACAGUAUAAUUAUAAGAAAUAAAACAUUGGAUAAAUAAAUCAUUAAUUGAAUAAUAAAAGGAAAUUGAAGUUAAAUUAAAUCUUAUGGAAACUCAACUUUAUCAAUUUCUAUAUCAACCAAUUGAAGCUUUAAGACAAAUCUAAACAAAUUUAAAUGAUUUUUAGAUGAAAAUUAAAUAAAUGGAAUCAAUUUUUAAUACAUAAGGUAAUAUUAAAUCAUGUAAAAAUGAUCAUAUUAAAGAGACAGAUAAAAAUAAUUAUGAUAAAUCAUAACUUAAGGAUUCUUAAUAGAAUUUUUUUGAAGAGGAUCUUGAUACACUUUAAAGUAAAUACUGUAAAGAAUGUCACACAUUGAUUUAGUUCAAUGAUAUCAGAUAGAUAAAAAUUUCACAAUAAAUUAUUGAUUAAAUUUUCAAAGAAUAAAUUAAAAAUUUGAUAAAUUUAAAGAUUGACAUAAGACAAUGUUUGAAAUGCUAAUUUUAUUAUAUUAAUGAAUAAUUUUGUGAAACACAGUAAAGUAUUUUUGUUUAAUGUACUUGAUUUUGAAUAGAUAUAUUGAAUCAAUUAAUAAGCAAUUUAUAUUAUUUAUAUUAACUCACUCUAAAUAGAAUGGGUUGUUAUGCUUAAAAAUAAAUCAAGAUGUUACAAUCAAACAUAUCUACUAAGCCUAUAGAAUAUUUUGAAGAUAAUACAUUUUUCUCUAUAUGUCAUCUAUGCUAAGGAAAAUUAGAACAAGAAUAAGUUUAUCUUGAGAUUUGUAAACAUCAUUAUCAUUCUAAAUGCAUGAUAGAACUUAUUGAGUAGCAAAUAGAAAUUAAUAAAUCUAAUAUAAUAAAAUGUAAAUGUGGAACAAAAACAUCAACUAAUUAAAUUCGAAAAUCAACUUUACCAAAUAAGCUUAUCCUAUUGAAUUAAAUAUUUAGGAAAUAACUAGAAAUUUUAUUCAAACAAUUAAGAAAACAACCAGACUUUCAAUAAAUACAAAAUUAAUUUCAAAUAUCUGAGCAACAUCCUGAUUAUUAUUUCUUCCCAAAUUAAAAUUAACUAGAAUAUGAAGAAACUCCUUAUUGA